AUGGCCGGACCGGUAGCGCGUGCCUUCCUGCUCGUCCUGUGCGUCUCGGUCGGGUCCCGGUGCAGCGCGGUCGGGUUCACCGAGGAGCCCGGGGACCGCGCGCACAAAUCGGACGGAUAUUGCAGCUGGAUCGUGCGGGCGCACGGCGCGAGGAAGGAGCUGUACACCGAAUUCCGGCUCCGGGUCGAAGGAGAACCGGAGAGCUACCAGCCCGGCAGCACGUACAGAGUGACUCUGUAUGCCACCAACCCUGCUUACUUCAGAGGCUUCAUGCUCGUUGCAUUAAAGGAAGGACGGAAUGGAGAAAAAGAGGAGGAUUACUCUGGGAAUUUCCAGAUCAUUGAUGAAGACGACACACAGUUUAUGACUAAUUGCCCCCCUGCUAUAACCGAGAGUACCCCUCGGAGGAGGACCAAAAUACAAGUGUUUUGGACAGCGCCCUCAUCAGGCAAUGGCUGCAUACUGCUCAAGGCGAGCAUCAUUCAGAGGAAGAUCAUCUCUUUCCAGGAUGAAGGGUCUCUCACAAAGCGACUGUGUGAGAAAGAGCCAUUAUAUGGUGAGGUCACUGAAAAACCUCUGCUGGAUUGCUGUGCCUGUGGAACAGCCAAGUACAGAGUGACCUUCUACGGGAACUGGUCCGAGAAACUCCACCCCAAAGACUACCCCAGACGAGCUAAUCACUGGUCCGCCAUCAUUGGCGCGUCACACUCCAAGAACUACGUGCUGUGGGAAUACGGAGGUUACGCGAGUGAAGGAGUCAAACAGGUAGCGGAGCUCGGCUCGCCUGUCAAGAUGGAGGAAGAGAUUCGACAGAAGGGUGAUGAGGUGUUGACGGUCAUUAAGAUGAAGGCGCAGUGGCCCGCAUGGCAGCCUCUCAACGUGCGAGCCGCUCCCUCGGCGGAGUUCUCCGUGGACCGAGCUCGUCACCUCAUGUCCUUCCUCACCAUGCUGGGUCCGAGUCCUGACUGGAACGUGGGUCUCUCAGCUGAAGGUCUCUGUACGAAGGAAUGCGGAUGGGUCCAGAAGCUUGUCCAGGACAUGAUCCCAUGGGACGCCGGGACUGACAGCGGGGUCACCUACGAGUCUCCCAACAAGCCGGCGCUUCCUCAGGAGAAGAUUCGUCCUCUUACGAGUUUGGAUCAUCCCCAGAGCCCGUUUUAUGACCCAGAGGGCGGCGCUAUAACUCCAGUGGCCAGGGUGGUGGUGGAGAGAAUUGCCCGCAAGGGUGAACAGUGCAACAUCGUUCCUGAUAACGUUGACGACAUCGUGGCAGACAUCGCUCAGGAGGAGAAAGAAGAAGACGACACUCCGGAGACAUGUAUUUACUCCAACUGGUCUCCGUGGUCGGCCUGCAGCUCCUCCACCUGCGAGAAAGGAAAGCGGAUGAGGCAGAGGAUGCUGAAGGCUCAGCUGGACCUGAGCGUCCCCUGUCCACACACACAGGACUUUGAGCCAUGUAUGGGGCCCGGCUGCAGUGAUGAGGACGCAUCGACGUGUAUGAUGUCAGAGUGGAUCACAUGGUCUCCAUGCAGCGUGUCGUGCGGAGCGGGCAUUCGGUCCAGAGAACGCUACGUAAAGCAGUUUCCUGAAGACGGUUUUGCGUGCACCCUCCCCACCGAGGAGACCGAGCCGUGCACCGUCAACCAGGACUGCUCUCCUAGCAGUUGUCUCGUGACUGAAUGGGGUGAAUGGGACACCUGCAGCGCCACCUGUGGGCUGGGCACGAAGCGGCGAGAGCGUAUGGUCAAAAUGCCUCCGUCUGAUGGAUCCAUCUGUGGGGCUGAGGUGGUCGAGGUGGAGAAGUGCAUGAUGCCUGAGUGUCAUACCAUCCCAUGCUUGUUGUCUCCGUGGUCUGAUUGGAGUGACUGCAGUGUGACAUGCGGUAAAGGAACUCGCACUCGGCAGCGCAUACUCAAAUCCCCGGUGGAGCUGGGAGAGUGCAGCGAAGAGCUGGAACAAGUGGAGAAAUGCAUGCUGCCAGAGUGCCCUUCAGACUGUGUGAUGUCUGAGUGGUCUGAGUGGUCCGAGUGUAAUAAGUCAUGCGGGAAGGGUAACAUGAUCCGGACACGGAUGAUAAAGCUGGAGCCUCAGUUCGGGGGCGAGGCCUGCCCUGAGAUUGUCCAGAGGAAGAAGUGCAAGAUCAGGAAGUGCAAUCAAGUCAGCACUAACAGCGAUGAGAGAAAGAAACGCAAAGAAGCCAGAAAGAAGAGGAAGAACAGCCAGGGAAGGGAGGAGUGGAUUGAUGAGCUCGCAGGAUGCAAAAUGAAGCUGUGGUCUGGAUGGAGUGACUGUACCAAGUUCUGUGGUGGGGGGAUCCAAGAGAGGCUCAUGACAGCCAAGAAGAGAUUCAAGAGCACACAGUUAACCAGCUGCAAGGACAGGAAGGAGAUCCGAGCCUGUAACGUCCAUCCCUGCUAA